GCACAAUAUUAGCGAAUAAAAUCGGAACGGUUUUUUUAACUUUCGGUUUCUUUUUUGAAAAAGAUGAAAUAUUGUAUUUUGCUUACACUGUUGUUGUGGACAACUUCGGCGGUGGUGUUGGUGGUGGGGAAAAAAGUCUUAACCGAAAAACCUGCAUUUCUCAUUGCCUGUCCCAUUGAGGCCACUGAUGUGGGCUCUUGCUUUGCCAAAAAUCUUGAAGCAAUGUUUCACGAAUGGAAGGCCGGUGUUCCCGGCUUAAAAUCCAUUGGCUCCCUCGAUCCGUUGCAUGUCAAACGCAUUUCCAUUGAGCAGGCUGUUAGUGGACCCAUUUCAUUGAAUCUGAAUAUGCAAAAUGCUGAAAUAUUUGGACUUUCUGGAACAUCGAUUACGGAUGUUGGUACCGAUGCCAAAAAACUUACCUUCAAAUUUAACAUUAAUGUACCCGAAUUUAAGUUGAUCAGUGAUUAUGCGGUCAAUGGAAAUCUGCUGAGUUUGGCAUUGAAUAGCAAAGGCAAAGCUGAAAUAAUGAUGGAAAAAGCCCUUCUAAAUUUGGCCAUACGUGUGAAAAUUCGUGAAAAUGGCGAUUUCAAAUUCGGCCAAUUGGAAAAACUCCAUUUGGUCUGGGAAGAUGUGGGUGGCAUGCAUUUACAUUUGGAUAAUAUUUUCAAUGGUGAUGCAACGCUGGAGGAUAGUGCCCAUGCUUUGAUAAAUGAAAAUUGGCGUUCCAUCUUCGAAGUAUUGCGCCCGGCCCUGACACAAACCGUUGAGGUUAUUAUGAAAGAUUUCUUGGGUAAAAUUUUGAGUCAUAUACCGGUGACAUAUUUAUUGGAUGGAUUGUAAAUAAAAAAAGGAGAUAUCCAAACCAAAAA